AGAAACUAAAAGGAGCAAGAGACGCAUGCUUUUACUCCCGUUACAGAUCUGAAAGAGUUAGAAAAACCUGCACACACCAGACAUGGCUGCUGCUGCUGCUUGUAGUCUAAUGGCUGAGGAGAAUUUUCUGUGUUCCAUCUGUCUGGAUGUGUUCAAUAAACCGGCUUCAAUUCCCUGUGGGCACAACUUCUGUCUGGACUGCAUCACAGAACACUGGGGCAAUAACGCCACUGUAUUUCGGUGUCCAAUAUGUAACGAGAAUUUCCUCAGUAGGCCUAUGCUUCGGGUUAACACUUUCAUUGCUGAGAUUGCUGCAAAGUUCAAGGCAGCUGUUCAAGACAAAUCUUGCGGUACCCCCGAGGAAGAAGGAAAUGGAGAGGUGCUCUGUGACAUGUGCACAGGGGCCAAACUCCCAGCCGUCAAGUCCUGCUUAGUGUGUUUCUCCUCUUAUUGUGAUGCACACCUGGAGCGUCAUCGGAGAAUUCCAGCCAUGACGAAACACAAGCUCAUCCACCCGGCUGACAACCUGGAGAGCAGGAUGUGCGAGAAGCAUCACGAGUCUUUUGAGUCAUUUUGCAGGGUGGAUCAAAUGCUUCUAUGCGAGUCCUGUGAAAGACGUGAACAUAAAAGCCAUAAAACGGUGAGUUUGGAUGAGGAGGCUCAAUUGAGGAAGACCCAGCUGGGAAUGGAGAAGAAACGCACAGAUGAGAUGAUCCAGGUGCGUCAGCAGAAAAUUCAUGACAUUCAACUCUCAGUGGAGGCCAGCAGAAAGAAUGCAGCAACGGUGCAGUUGUACAACGCGCAUGUGAUGACUGCUGUGGUGGACUACAUCAGGAGAAGCCAAGCUGAGCUCACAGAGGUGAUUGAGAUGAAGCAAAAAAAAAUUGAGAGAGACACAAAAGGCUUUGUUGAAGAACUGGAGGGAGAAAUUGUGCAAAUAAAACAGAAAAGAGCGCAGCUUAAUCAGGUGUCACUCAGCAACGAUGCCUUCACGUUCCUCGAGAGUUUCCUGGCUCUGACAAUCACUCCGCCCCAGGUUAAGGACUGGUCUAAUGUGACCUUUAACAGUGACGAGUUCACUGUGCAGGAAGCUUUGGCCACAUUGGAGACAACAGUGCGGAAAGAAAUAAGGUCGCUGUGUGAUCCUGACUUGAAAGAAAUGCAGCAACAUGCAGUGGAUGUGACUCUGGAUCCUGACACAGCAAACCCUCAGCUCAGUGUUUCUCCGGAUGGGAAACAAGUCACGCACGAGGACAGGAAGAGGAAUCCCCCAAACACGCCUGAGAGGUUUGAAAAUGUCCUUAACGUCCUCGCGAAGGAGGGUUUCUCCUGUGGAAAGUUCUACUAUGAGGUCCAGGUUAAAGACAAAACAAGCUGGGAUUUGGGAGUCGCAAACCAGUCCAUCAACAGAAAGGGCGAUAUAAGACUGAGCCCCAAGAAUGGAUACUGGACUAUUUGGCUGAGAAAAGGAAAUGAGCUUACAGCCAAUGCCGGCCCUGCCAUUAACCUCUAUGUGCGGGAGAUGCCUCAAAAGAUCGGGGUGUUUGUUGAUUAUGAGGCAGGUCAAGUGUCCUUCUAUGACGUGGACACCAGGGCUUGCAUCUUCUCCUUCACUGGAUGCACCUUCACCGAGAAGGUCUUUCCGUUCUUCAGCCCCUGUGCCAACGACGGCGGCAAAAAUUCAGCCCCCUUGAUCGUCACUCCUGUCAAACACAACAGCUGAGUUCCUGUUUUGUUUUUCUGUGUCUCUCAAAGAAAAGGAGACAGGGCGAGGGCGAGGGACUUGGAGAGAGAUCACAAUGGUGGAGCACUGAAAGGUGUUUAUCUGUGAAACUCCAGCGUGUCAUUCUGUUACUCCCAUCCAUCAGUGUCAGCGCCGUGUGUCACUCUGUGUCGCCUGUCACACAGACGGCUGUAGAUCUCCAACUGAAUCCACGUACAGCCAUCAGGACAUUCACCACACACACACUCACACACACAUGCACAGAGUGACACAGUCAUACAUCUCCCUGGGUUACAAAAAGAAAUCUUUAUGACUUGGCCAUUAAUUUUGAUACUCCAAAGCUGCUCCUGCCUGCCAACAUACCAAAGAUGGGUGACAUUUACAAAUAUUUUAUUGCACUUGUUUAGCGCUGCUUGGAGUGCCACACAUAAAGACUGUUUACUUAUGAUAUGAUGAAUGGUACCUUUAACUGGUUGAAUUAUCAUUGUGUUUAAAAAAAAUAGACCUUUAUGGGAUACAGACAGCAUAUCCCAAGGUGACCCCCACUACAACACCAGCAAUGGAAAAUAAAUCAGCACUUUCUCUUUCCUAUUAAAACCAUUCAGAAAAUAUUAAAAGAAAUCAAGGACUCCUAUUAAUCCGUUCUUUUAAUGUGGCUCUAGAUGACAAUUACUUUUCUGCGCCAAUUAAUGUUAUUGAGUUAAAUGUGUAGUUAUUGAAUGGAUCCGUCACAACACUGGAGCCUGACUGGUACAUAAUGCCAUGUCCUCUAAUUAAAAUCAGCCAGACCUGCUUUCCAAGUUCAAAUGCAGCAAAUCAGUGUGAUUAUGAGAGCUUUAACCAACUGUUUAUUGAGCAAAGCCAGUUAAAGUCUGUUUGUUUGUCAGUGGGUAGCAUUUAAUUCUGUUUCUGUUUUUAGAGUUGUGUGUAUGAGAACGACAGCACCAGUUGUGUCAGCAAGUGCCUCCGCAGUGCCAAAGCAAUUUAACUAUGAUUGUUCAUACACCUUAAAGAGUAACUAAAACUCAGGUUUUGGUUCAGUUUUGGUUGAAAUGCCUCUACCCUGGAAAUUGUAUAAAUGUCUCUAAACCGUGGGGGCUAAGACACAACCAGUCACAACUUCCUGCAGUGAGCGCAGCUACACUGAGAAUAUGUUUCACACAAUUUAAGAUGUUUAUUUUAUUUUCCAAAUGUAAUAGGAUAGUUUAGGGAGUUGUUCGGUUUGUAAUGUGUACCGAACCAAAGCCUCGUACCCAAUGGUUCAAUACAAAUGUGUGUAUUGUUACACCCUUGUAUUGUUACCCUUAUACAUUGGUUUUCAGCUGAAAAAGUGAUUUGGGGGUUAAGUUACUCUUUAAUCAUGUGUUUAUUACUAUAACCAAGACAACUAAGGUCUCCUAACCAAGCUUUGCCAAGUUAUUUUGGGCCUAAACCUUACUAAACCUUAAUUUAACACUGAUCUGUAAUAGUUUCAGAGUCACUUGUGUGUGUAUGAUUUGUCGUAUGUGUGAAGUCACCACGGUUUUGAUUUUCACAGACGAAUUACGAUGUCCCGAUAGAGGACACAAUGUCAUUUUAUGUGCAAGUCUUGUUUUUCUGUUUUGUUUUGCUUUUAUUUUUGUCAUGAUGCUAGUCUCUUGAGCAUGUGUCUCUUAAAUGAGGUUGUUAUAAUCUCAUCUACACAUAAAGUAGCUGAAGAGCUUUCGGGGGCAGAUUAGAGGCGGUCAGAUUGGCCCGCUGAAUGUUGCACUAUUAGGAUGCCAGAGCUGAGAGACCCCACACUGGGAAAAUGAGUGUGUGGAGUUCUUGGAUAAAAACCUGGUAUUGCAUCUCAAUAAUGUCUAAAAACAACAAACACCAGUUUCCCUUCAAUGAUUGUGCAUUUAGUAAUAAGUAAGGGAGGUAAAUAACAAUGUCAAAUCAAAGCGGACCAUGUAAUCUGGUUGGGGGUUCACAAAAAAUAGAGUUUAAGGUUGUUGACGUCAUGUAAGGAAAACGGCCAAAAGUAGGGGUUCCAUCUCCGCACUAACGUUUUGCUGCUGUUCUCUUUCAUAUAUCAAUGGGAGUUCUAUAUAUUUGACUUUUGGACUGUUGGUUGAACAAGUGAUUUGUGAAGAUGUCACUUUGAUUGUCUGGUCUUUUGAAUACGUACAAAUCAUUCACCACAUUAUUUGAUUUGAAAAUGCAGCCCUGGUCUGUAUCCUGUAUGGUAACUGUGUUGGAUUUACUUGAAAAUAUCUGGUGUUUACUAUGUGAUUUUUGACUGAAAUGCAGUGACAGUAAAAAUAAUAAAGCUUAUUUAGGAAGUGACAAACAGUAA